CGGCGGCCGCGACGCUGGAGGCUUCGUGGAGAAUCACCGCCUGCAGCACCUCGGUCGUCCCACUGCAGUCUGUGCCCCCCGCCCGGCUCACCGGUGCUCCCUGGGACCCGCGUGGCUGCGGCGGCCCGGGAGCCGAUGCGGCUGGGCGGGCACUGGGCCUCAGAAGCCCCCGCCGCCGCCGCAGCGACCACAUCCCCUUCAGGAGUGCGAGGCUUUGCGGCGGCCCCUGUAGCCGCGCCGGUGCCCUCCUGGGGAGGAGACUUUCGGCUCGGGGACGACUCCCCCCGGCCAUGGUGAAGCGACGGCGGCCACAGCCGAGGAUCAAACAGACCAUACUGAGUCAGCAGGACUUUCCUGUGGCUGCUGUAUCAGUGGGACGUGUCCUCUGCAGGAAGGUGCCUGGCUGCAGCCCCCUCCACUGUGGCUCUGCUCCAAGGACUCCUCAGUGAGUCCUAGCAGAACACGGCUAAGGAAAGCAGAGAGGGAGGCUGGUGGUGCAGCAGGCAUCAUGAAUAAGCACAGAGAAGUCUGUCCUUUAUCACAUUCAUAAGGAGAAAAAGGUUAAACAAGUCUCUUGAGUGGAGUUUCCUCACUGAUGGAGAAUUACUUCCAAGCAGAAGCUUACAACCUGGACAAGGUGUUAGAUGAAUUUGAACAAAACGAAGAUGAAACAAUUUCUCCUACUUUAUUGGACACAAAGUGGAAUAAGAUUCUAGAUCCCUCUUCUCACCAACUGUCAUUUAACUCUGCAUUGGCCAGUGUGAAUGAACCUGCAAUUUCUAGUGAAUCACAACCACAGUUAAAAAUCUUCUCUCUGGCUCAUUCAUCUCCCCUGACCAGGGAAGGAGAAGAUCAUUGUGCUAAUGGACAGGACUGUAGUAUAAAUCCAGAGAUUGCCACAAUGUGGAUUGAUGAAAAUGCCAUUGCAGAGGAUCAGUUAAUUAAGAGAAACUAUAACCAGAAUGAUCAACGCAUUGCUGUUGAAGUGGGAGAUAAGAAAUGUGGAAACCUAACUUGUCUGCCAGAUGAGAAGAAUGUUCUUGUGGUAGCUGUCAUGCAUAAUUGUGAUAAAAGAACAUUACAAAGUGAUUUGCAGGAUUGUAAUGAUUAUAAUAGUCAAUCUCUCUUGGAUUCUUUUAGCUGUUCACUAGAUAAUGAAAAUAGACAAUCUGAUCAAUUUAGUAUUAGUAUGAAUGGGUCCACUGAAAAAGAUAUAAACUCUGAAAAGCAAAUGGAUCUAUUGGAUAGACCAAAAGCAGAGGAGGACUCUGUUAACCAUCUAUGUACUGCUUCAUCUGAUAAUCUAGCCAAUAUCUGUUCCCCUUUACAAUUAAAGGAUGAUGAAAAUAUAAAUAGAGAUCCCUACAUGCCUGUUAUUACAAGUUUAACAGCUGAGUCAGAAAUCUCAUCCCAGGGAAUAGAUGGAGGUCCUGAUGUUAAAAAGCAAGAGAACUAUAUACCAUGCGAAGGUCUCACAGACAAAAACAGCUCUCCUAAGACAGAUUUAGGGAGUCCAAACUCCUUUUCCCACUUGAGUGAGGAGAUUUUGACAAAAAAAGAGCCAACAUGUGAGAGAUCAACUGAAGAAUCCCUGAGGUCUGGUUUAGCUUUGUGUCUCAAACCAGACAUGCCUAAUGGGUCUGGAAGGGACAAUAACUGUGAACAGUUUUCAGAUUGCCUUGUGCCUACUAAUGUUAGGGCUGAUGAAGAUGAAGGUUAUGAACAUGAAGAAAUUCUUGGCACUACAGCAUUUCUUAAUAUAACAGAGCAUUUCUCUGACUCUCAGGAGAUGACAAAUUGGAAAUUGACUAAACCACAUGAGAUGAAUGAUACCCAAGUAAAUGAAGAAAAUGAAAAGUUUUUACAGGUUAGUCAGCCUGAGGCCACUAAUGGUGAUGGUGCAGUAGAGUGUGUUGGAACAGUAGAUGCAGGUAUAGAUUUACAAGGAACUUGCAUGAAUGAAGGUGAAGGAUGUGAUUUCUCCACUGUUAUAGAUACACCAGCAGCAAAUUCUCUCUCUAAUGGUUGUGAUUCCUAUGGAAUGCAGAGCCCAGUUGUUUCUUUUGUUCCAAAGACAUUACCUUCCAAAGAAGAUUCAGUAACAGAAGAAAAAGAAAUAGAAGAGAGCAAGUCAGAAUGCUACUCAAAUAUUUACGAACAAAGAGGAAAUGAGGCUACAGAAGCGAGUGGACUGCUUUUAAACAGCACUGGUGACCUCAUGAAGAAAAAUUAUUUACAAAACUUCUGUAGUCAAGUUCCAUCAUUGCUUGGACAGUCUUCCCCCAAGAUAGUAGCAAACUUGCAGUCUAUCAGUGUUCCUUUUGGUGGUGCAAGACCCAAGCAACCUUCUAAUCUUAAACUUCAAAUUCCAAAGCCAUUAUCAGAUCAUUUACAAAAUGACCUUCCUGCAAACAGUGGAAAUAAUAUUAAAAACAAAAAUGAUAUUCUUGGAAAAGCAAAAGUGGGAGAAAACUCAGCAACCAAUGUAUGCAAUGCAUCUUUGGGAAACAUCUCUAUUACUGAUACAAAUGGAGAACAUUUAGAAAGUUAUGAGGCUGAGAUCUCCAGUAGACCGUGCCUUGCAAUAGCUCCAGAUAGCCCAGAUAAUGAUCUCAGAGCUGGUCAGUUUGGAAUUCCUGCCAGAAAGCCAUUUACCACUCUGGGGGAGGUGGCUCCAGUAUGGGUACCAGAUUCCCAGGCUCCAAAUUGCAUGAAAUGUGAAGCCCGGUUUACAUUCACUAAAAGGAGGCAUCAUUGCAGAGCAUGUGGGAAGGUUUUCUGUGCUUCCUGCUGUAGCCUGAAAUGUAAACUGUUAUACAUGGACAGAAAGGAAGCUAGAGUGUGUGUAAUCUGCCAUUCAGUGCUAAUGAAUGCUCAAGCCUGGGAGAACAUGAUGAGUGCCUCAAGCCAGAGCCCUAACCCUAACAAUCCUGCUGAAUACUGUUCUACUAUCCCUCCCUUGCAGCAAGCUCAGGCCUCAGGAGCCCUGAGCUCUCCACCUCCCACUGUGAUGGUACCUGUGGGAGUUUUAAAGCACCCUGGAGCAGAAGUGGCUCAGCCCAGAGAGCAGAGGAGAGUUUGGUUCGCUGAUGGGAUCUUGCCCAAUGGAGAAGUUGCUGAUGCAGCCAAAUUAACAAUGAAUGGAACUUCCUCCGCAGGAACUCUGGCUGUGUCUCAUGACCCAGUCAAGCCAGUAACUACCAGUCCUCUACCAGCAGAGGCAGACAUUUCUUUAUUUUCUGGGAGUAUUACUCAGGUUGGAAGUCCUGUUGGAAGUGCAAUGAACCUUAUUCCUGAAGAUGGCCUUCCUCCCAUUCUCAUCUCCACUGGUGUAAAAGGAGACUAUGCCGUGGAAGAGAAACCAUCACAGAUUUCAGUAAUGCAGCAAUUGGAGGAUGGUGGCCCUGAUCCACUUGUAUUUGUUUUAAAUGCAAAUUUAUUGUCAAUGGUUAAAAUUGUAAAUUAUGUAAACCGGAAAUGCUGGUGUUUCACAACCAAGGGAAUGCAUGCAGUGGGUCAGUCUGAGAUAGUCAUCCUUCUACAGUGUCUGCCAGAUGAAAAGUGUUUGCCAAAGGACAUCUUUAAUCAUUUUGUGCAACUUUAUCGGGAUGCUCUGGCAGGAAAUGUUGUGGGCAACUUGGGACAUUCCUUCUUCAGUCAAAGUUUCCUCGGCAGUAAAGAACAUGGUGGAUUUUUAUAUGUGACAUCUACCUAUCAGUCACUGCAAGACCUAGUUCUCCCAACCCCACCUUACUUGUUUGGGAUUCUUAUCCAGAAGUGGGAAACUCCUUGGGCUAAAGUGUUUCCCAUCCGACUAAUGUUGAGACUUGGAGCUGAAUAUCGACUUUAUCCCUGCCCACUCUUCAGUGUCAGAUUUCGAAAGCCAUUGUUUGGAGAGACAGGGCACACCAUCAUGAAUCUUCUUGCAGACUUUAGAAAUUACCAAUAUACUUUGCCAGUAGUUCAAGGUUUGGUGGUGGAUAUGGAAGUUCGGAAAACAAGCAUCAAAAUUCCCAGCAACAGAUACAAUGAGAUGAUGAAAGCUAUGAACAAGUCCAAUGAGCAUGUGCUGGCAGGAGGUGCCUGCUUCAAUGAAAAGGCAGACUCUCACCUUGUGUGUGUACAGAAUGAUGAUGGAAACUAUCAGACCCAGGCUAUCAGUAUUCACAAUCAGCCCAGGAAAGUGACUGGUGCCAGUUUCUUUGUGUUCAGUGGCGCUCUGAAAUCCUCUUCAGGAUACCUUGCCAAGUCCAGUAUCGUGGAAGAUGGCGUUAUGGUCCAGAUCACUGCAGAGAACAUGGAUUCCUUGAGGCAGGCGCUUCGAGAGAUGAAGGACUUCACCAUCACCUGUGGAAAGGCAGAUGCAGAGGAUCCCCAGGAGCACAUUCACAUCCAGUGGGUGGAUGACGACAAGAACGUUAACAAGGGUGUCAUAAGUCCUAUAGAUGGGAAGUCCAUGGAGUCUAUAACAAAUGUGAAGAUAUUCCAUGGAUCGGAGUAUAAAGCAAAUGGAAAAGUCAUCAGAUGGACAGAGGUGCAGUGCUGCAUGCCUGUUAUCCCAGUGGUUUAGGAGGCUGAGGCAGGAGGACUGCAAGUUCGAGCCAGCCUCAGCAACAUAGCAAGACCCUGUCUCAAAAUUAAAAACAAAAGAAAACAAAAAUGGGCUGGGGAUGUUCUAAGUGGGUGAGCACCCCUAGGUUCAGUCCCUGGAACUCCCCCUCCCCCAAAUCUUUUAUUUUUCUUUUCACAAUAAGAAAUCUAAAGCUCAGAGAUAAGUAUCUUGUCAAUAACUAGAGGCAAAUCAGUAAUGGCAAGUUGCUAAUUUAAACUCAUCUCUGGCCAACUUCUAAGCUCAUUUACACUAAAUUAAGUGCUGUUUACCAUGAAGGCUGUAUUAAUAGAGUCUAAUAUGGGAAUGAAAAGGAGCAGGGCUGGGCCCUGAUUGUGUGGACAGUCACACAGAUUAGCAAGUUUAUUCUCAAAGAGUAAAUAGGUAGGCCUCUUAAUGGUUUUUAAACUUCAUGAAGGUUCAAUUAUUCAAUCUCUAGAAUUCCUUUCAGAUUUGUCUUAUUUUUUUUUUAAUUCUGUGACUCCUCAUUUUCCAUUUCAUGCAUAAAGAAGCUGAAGCUAAGAAAGGUUCAUUAUCUUAUUCAGGAUCUCAUAGCUGGUUUCUGAUAGCACAGGGACUGCAGCCUGUUUCUCUUGGUCUUGAGCUGUUGUUUCAUCCUCUAUACCAGGCUCCAUGAUUUUAUAUUCAGCUGAGCAAUUUUAGUUUCUUGCUUUAUAAUGAUCAAUCCUUGACACGUUUUUAGCAGUGCAGAGUCUGGAACAUGUAAAACUCUUUAUAGCUUAUAAAGCAGUUUGACCUCCAUUCCCUCUUUUGUUCUUCAGUAACUCAGUGAGGUAGGCAGAGUACCCAUUUCAUCAUGCUGAUGAGAAAAUGGGCUUUAUAACUUUGUGACUAAUGCUGAUUGUUAGCAGAGCAGCAUCCAGGGUUCUGUCUUCUGACACCCACUUCAGAGCUCUUUCUAUCAUGUCAUGCUGUCACUCUCUCUAGAACAUACAAGCACAGGGCUGCAGAGCUGCUCCCUUGAUAAUAUGCUUAGUAUGAGCCCCUUAUUUGAACAGUAAGCAUUGUAUAUUUGCAUUAUUUUUUUUAUAUUUUGCUUUUAUAUUGUUUACACUUUACAGUAUCCAGAGAUGGUAAGUUCUUUUCAUUUUUAUAGCGGCAAACUAGGCAUUAAGAAGUCCUUUGAAAACUGGGCAUGUUAGCACAUGCUUGUAGGUCUAGCUACUCAGGAGGCUGAGGUUAGAGGGUUACUUGAGCCCAUAAGUUCAAGACCAGCCUGGGCAACAUAAAUGCCAUCUCAAAAAAAUAAAAAAUAAAAAAGGCCUUUGACAUCUGUUAAUCCUUUGGUUUGACUAGAGGACUCAUUAAGGCAUAGGCAGCUGUGUGACUAGGACUUGGGUCUCUCAGUUCACAUUUGCUGUGCUUCUGACUAUGCAUUGGGCAGUGCUUGGCUCUGUGCUAGCACACUGACAACAGCUCUGGUGUCUACAGUGGCAGGAUUAUGUAGGGAGAAAAGCUCUGUGUAGGUCAAGAGGCAGAAGAGUUGGAUUCUAGGCUUGGCUCUCUCUGAAUAUUUUUGUGCACUUGAGUGAGUCACUUCCUCAGAAUGUUGUCCAUACAUCAGUAUUACCUUUUAAAAGUGUAUAAUGCAAAAUGGAGGCCUUUUCUAGUUCUGAGUAGGAUGUGCCAUCAGGCUGUGGUGGAGUCUUGCAGGGAAAUAGGCUGCUACUACCAAUGUGUGUGUGCAGGGACCAUGAAGAUUUUUUUUUUUUUUUUUUUUUUGGUGCCCUACUUUUCAUGACCCAGGAACUAUAUGGUGUCCUGCUCCUGUCAGAUCAUCUUGCACUUCUUGGAGAACUAUAGUGCUUAUCCACUUGUGAGCUAAUCCACUUAUUCAAAACCUAUGCCAAAGAUUAAAAGUCUCU